AUGGCUGCUUCCGUUCUUCCAUUUCGCGAUAUCAAUUUGCACGCUGCCUCCUCUCAUUAUGCCUUCACUUCACCCUCAUCCCCUAAUGCCCCGACACUUGUUGUCGAGCGUCCGACCGGCGACUUGCGGCUCAGUAACGGCACCCUCUCCGGAGCCAAGCGCAUCUCCAGUAUUGCAGGCAUUCUGGGUAUUAUCAAACUGAAGCUCGAUAAAUACAUUAUAGUUAUCACCAAGGCCCUGCCCGUGGGGCGCCUACGCGGCCACAUGGUCUAUAAGGUUGCGGCGACCGAGUUCUUGCCUCUGCGUGAGCGCUCUCUGCACGACUAUGAUGAAGACACCUAUCUGGCACUGUUGAAGGAGCUGCUUCGUACGGGACCUAUGUACUUUUCCUACGCUCUGGAUAUCACCAAUAGCUUCCAACGUCAGUCUCAAACCGACCCCAACCUUCCUAUGUGGAAACGAGCCGAUGAUCGAUUUUUCUGGAACCGUUUCAUUCAGUCCGACUUGAUUGACUUCAGUCUGGGAGAACAUGAUGUUACCGGGGUGCGCUACGGACCACAACCUGGAGUUGACCCGUAUAUUCUGCCUGUUAUGUUCGGAAUGCUUCGCAUCACGCCCGCAAAAGUCAAGUCCACUUCUUUCACAUUUGCUCUUAUAACCAGGAGAUCUAGGUACCGCGGUGGGACAAGGUAUUUCUCCCGCGGUAUCGAUGAUCAAGGCCACGUGUCCAACUACAAUGAGACUGAGCAGAUUGUUAUACUCAAUGAUGCGACGGGAGGUCUAUCUGGGUUCUCUGGAGGCCAGUCCUUAGCAAAGGACAAACUGGGUGGCUCAGCGCAGGACCUUCAGGUCAUGGCGUUCGUACAGACCAGAGGAAGUGUACCCGUAUACUGGGCCGAAGUCAACAACCUGAAGUACACACCGAAGCUGCAGGUCCGUGGGGUUGAAACUGCCGUCGAUGCUGCUCGUAAGCAUUUCGCUGAGCAGAUCCGUGUCUAUGGCGAGAACUACCUGGUCAACCUUGUGAACCAGAAAGGCAGGGAAGAGCGUGUGAAGACUGCCUACGAACAGCUCGUUCGCAUCCUCGUGUCGUCCUCUACCGAUAGCACCGAAGCGGAUGAAAUAACGUCGGAGAAGGUGCACGCGGUGGAGCCCGGGCUCAGGCAGAAAGAGUUGGACCGACUCCACUACGUAUAUUUCGACUUUCACAAUGAGACAAAGGGUCUCAAGUGGCAUCGUGCGGAGUUGCUGCUGGAACGGCUAAUGGACGGUCUAACACGAGGCGGUUAUUUCCGUGGAGUAGAAAAUCCGGGUGCUCCUGGUGGUCAGUUGGAUACACGCUCCGCGCAGUCUAGCGUCGUCCGGACGAACUGCAUGGACUGUCUGGAUCGUACAAAUGUCGUUCAGAGUAUGCUGGGACGUUGGGCUAUAACACGUCAGCUCGUUGACGCCGGAGUUUUACAGCCUGGAGAAGCAGCGAAUGAUGACCGCGACUUCGAAAACCUAUUCCGUAACAUCUGGGCAGACAAUGCUGAUGUUGUGUCUAAGGCCUAUUCCGGUACUGGAGCGUUGAAGACCGAUUUCACCCGGACUGGCGAGCGCACUCGCGCUGGUAUGCUGCAAGACUUGAACAACUCCAUCACACGAUAUGUACGGAACAACUUCAUGGACGGUCCUCGACAAGAUGGGUUCGAUGUCUUCCUGGGCACCUAUCUUCCCCCGAACUCCACCCUUGGGAACAUUCAGCUCUUCCUGGAUCGUCGACCACUCAUCAUCCAGUCUGUUCCGUAUAUCUUUGCUGCUGGAGUCUUCUUGAUCACGGUAGCUGCCUUCACGAGACGCUUGCCCGACUCCACCGUGUGGCCUCUGCGCUUAUUUGUUCUUUUCUGGUUCAUCGUCAGCGCCUGGUGUGCACGUUUUAUCCUUGCUCACGGAAUGCUCUAUGUAAACUGGCCGAAAUUGAACACACCUACAGCUGGCUCUGAGGGGUAUCAAGAUGCGCUCAUAAAGGCUCGGUCUGAUCCUAUAGUCGGCCAAUUACUCCCUGCGAGGAGGCACCAGAGAGGGUACAGCAAUGCCCGGCUGGUGUUUCUCGAGGAGGGCAAAACGAGGAUCGAGUAA